CCAGAUUUUGGGCCAGAGGGAGGUUUUCAAGCGGCUCUGGGUGCUAGGGCCCCGGUUGUGCCUGGGUCAUGAGGCUGUGCUGUGACCCUCGCAGGGGGGGACGGGUGGAGGGGCCCUUUUCCAGCACUCCAACCAGCAUUUGGGAUUUUCCCUAUAGCACAAGGGGGUGAUGGGAUGGGCUGCCUCAAGCUGGGCUUGCGGGACUUGCUUGGAGGGCAAGAGGAGCCAGGACCACAUCGCGGUGGGCACCAGGGGCUGUGUCCUGGCUGGGGAUUCCUUUCCCGCUCAGACAGGCUCAUGGAUGUGCUUGGAGAAGGUCAAAUUCUGCCUUAGCUCUGCACCCUGAGAUGGCAUGUGGGGACUAAAGGGGGAUUCUGGUGGCUCUGCUGUACCCUGUAGCAGUGCUGUGUGUUUCCCGAAAGGCAUGUUUCCAUGGCGGGGCUGCCUGUUGCACCCAUGAGCGCUGGGGACCCCAGGGCUGCGCUGGGUGCUGUGGCCCCCCACCUUCCUUCCCACAAGGGCAGGAAGGACCAAGCCCCAGUUCCUUCCUGUGCAGGGAUGGGGGUCAUGGGGCAUCUGCGGUAAGAAAAGCCCUGCCCAUCCUGCAGCUGCUGCCAGUUGUUUUGACGUCCCACGUGAGUCACCAGGCCCCACGUCUUCCUUACCAUGUGCGAUUAAACACCAAAUCUCUGCUGGGUUGCACUGUCCCAGCUCCCUUGGCCCUCCCAGCAUCUUCCAGCCCCUGCCUCAGUACAAAUACUGGACUGCCCCUGCUCCGAUGCAGGCAGGGCGUCCCCACUGAGCUCCCUGGUACCCUGUGGGGACAGAGCCACUGGCAUCCCAUGAUGGGAAUUUAAGGAUUUAAAAAUCAAACAGCAUGGGAAAAGCGAAAGCCAGCGGAUCCGGAAGCCUGCGGGCGUCCCUUCCUCUCCCUCCAAGUGCCAUUGCCUGCUUCCUGCCCUACCUCAUCUUCCGCAGCCACCUUUGUCCUCGCAGACGUGUCUGAGGCUAGCAGUUCCAUCUGAACACACAGUGAGGAGCUGGGGCUGGAAGGUGUUGUGGGGGAUUUAUAGAAGACAGAGCCUGAGAAGAGACGUUGGGGCCUUUCCAAAGGCCUCAGCGUGCCGGCCUGGUGCUAUGCGAUGCUCCCUGAAGCGCUUCCUCACAGCUGCACUCGCAGCCUCCUUCCUCCUCCUCCUCCUCCUCCUUCUCCUCCAGGGGGGCAGCUGGCAGGAACAGGAUCCCCUGGAGGUGGAACUUGGGGGCUUGGGCCCAGCCACGGUUCUCCAGAUGCUGCAGCCAGAAGGAGCCCAGCGCAUCCUCAGGGACACAGAUGACCUGUCUGCACUCCACAAUGUCUCCUACCAUCUCCUGGCUGGCUCCCUGUCACCCCACAAAAAAUUCUUGGCGGUGGGAUUGGCGUCAGUGCAGCGGCCGCGUGGCUACUACCUCCCAGCCACACUCCAGUCCCUCUUCAAGCAGUCAACAGAGGAGGAGCUGCAGGAGAUGGUGGUGGUGGUGCACCUGGCCGAUGCAGACCCUAGAUGGAACAUGCACGUGGCUGCCAACAUCGCCCGCAAGUUUGCUCACCACAUCCUCCUGGGCCAGCUCCUGCUUAUCCACACUCCCCAGGAGUUUUACCCCACCCUGGAGGGCCUCAAGAGAAACUAUAACGACCCAGAGGAGCGGGUGAGGUUCAGGUCCAAGCAGAACGUGGACUAUGCCUUCCUCCUUGCCUUUGCCGCCAACCUCUCCUCCUACUACUUGAUGAUUGAGGAUGACGUGUGGUGCGCCAAGUCCUUCUUGACGGCCAUCCGCAAGGCACUGGCUUCCCAGGAAGGCUCCAACUGGGCCACCCUUGAGUUCUCCAAGCUGGGCUACAUCGGUAAGCUCUACCGCUCCAGUGACCUUCCUCGCCUGGCUCGCUUCCUCCUCCUCUUCUACCAGGAGAUGCCCUGCGACUGGCUGCUGGUCCACUUCCGCCUCCUGCUCACCCAGAAGGAGGUCAUCCGCUUCAAGCCCUCCCUCUUCCAGCACAUGGGCCUCUACUCCUCCUUCCAGGGCACCAUCAACCGGCUGGAGGACGAUGAGUUCCAGGCUGAUGCCUUGGACCUUCCGGACAACCCGCCAGCGGCCUUGUUCACCAGCAUGUCUGUCUUUGAGAACUACGAGCCCCUCAAGGCUUACGGGACAGCAGAAGGGUAUUUUUGGGGUAAAGACCCAGCAGCCGGCAGUGUCUUCUCCAUCAUCUUCCACCAGCCGGCCCGCGUCACGCGUGUCCGGGUGCGCACAGGCUCUGAUGAGCGCCAGAGUGAUUUCCUGCGCGCGGGGGUUCUGGAGCUGGGCCGGCGGCGGCAGGCUGAUGGCCGGGACUGCUCUGCCUACACCACUGUGGGCACCUUUGAGAAGGGGACCUUUGAGCGGCGGGGACUGGAGAGGGGCAUGCCCAGCCCUGUGGAGUGCGUGAGGAUCCGGGUAACCCGGGACCAGAGUGAGUGGCUCAUCAUCCAGAGCAUCGACAUCUGGACCACCGCAGGCACCUGACCACAGCUGUAGCAGGUUGCCAAAGCGGCUGGAUUUUGUACUAAGAGGUCCUUUAUUUUUCUCACUCCCUUUUUUUGAUAAGGAAUUAAAUUAUUGACUCCUGCUGCUGCGGGACACGGAUGGGGCCGGGAGCAGGGCCCACCAGACUGCACCUGCUUGGGGGAUGCCCCAGCGAGCAAUGCAGGGGGUAUGGGAAGAGCAGAGACUGGGCAGUAGAAAACAUUUCCUCCCAGGGAGGAUGGUGUACAGGAUGAAGCUAAUCAGCUAAUUAACAAAACCAAAUAAUU